AUGACUAACACUCCUGAAACUGUUAUAAAAGAUAUUGGCAAAGUCCUUAACGAUUCGUCAAGGCCGAUGAAGGAGCGCUUUCGAGCAUUAUUUACUCUGCGGAACUUAGGCGGCCAAACAGCAAUUGAAUGCAUUAGCCAAUGUUUCUCAGACAAAUCUGUUCUACUAAAGCAUGAACUAGCAUACUGCUUAGGUCAGAUGCAAGAUGAACGUGCAAUUCCUGUGCUAAGGAGUUUGUUGGAAGAUAAAGAGCAAGAUCCUAUAGUGCGCCACGAAGCUGCUGAAGCAUUAGGUGCUAUUGGUGAUCCAAAACUCCGUGAUAUACUUGAAAAAUACAUGCAAGAUCCUGCAGUAGAAGUUGCCGAGACCUGCCAAAUAGCCUUGCAUAGACUUAACUGGGUAGCUAAUUCAGAUGAAGAAAGUCAAUCAAAGAGUUUGUACUUAUCUGUAGAUCCUGCCCCUCCGAGCAAUGAAAAAGAUGUUGACAUACUCAAAGCUGUUUUGAUGGAUGAAAAAGAGUCAUUAUUUGAAAGAUAUAGAGCUAUGUUCAGUUUGAGGAACCUUGGCACUACUGAAAGUAUUAAUGCUUUGGGUGAAGGCUUUAAGGCAUCCAGUGCACUGUUCCGACAUGAAGUAGCAUUUGUCUUUGGCCAGAUGCAAGAUGAGAGGAGUGUGCCAUUCUUAAAGUCAACACUAGAAAACACACAUGAGCAUGAGAUGGUCAGACAUGAAGCUGCUGAAGCACUAGGAUCUAUUGCAACUGAAGAAUGUACUGAAGUUCUACAAAGGUAUUUGCAAGAUCCUCGUCCCGUGGUUCGCGAGAGCUGUGAAGUGGCCCUAGAUAUGUCUGAGUAUGAAAACAGCCCAGAGUUCCAAUAUGCCAACACGCUACUCGCUGUUGAAGCUUGA